CGCACUGGUUUCUCUGACGAUCGUUGCAAUGGGCCCGAUCUAGGUGUUCACGUGACUUUUUGAGAAUUUCUUUCUGCAGGGCGGGGGGCCAAGAAAUUUCAGAUGCAAGCACGAUUUUUUUCAAAGAGUGCCUUUGCAGGGAUUGCCCACUGGACAAGCAAAAAGAAAAAAACACAAAAUGCCCAAAGGACGACCGAAAAAGAAAACUCGAGCUGGCAGCCGCGACGUCGAAAACGUAGAACUGGACGAUGUAGAAUACUUUGAGGAAGACAGUGACCGUUCGUUUGAUGAAGACGAUCCAUAUACGAACGAUGACGAUGCUUUUACCGGUCGUAAAAGAGGCCGCCCAAAGGGUCACUCCCAUAAAGACGACAAAGUCAAAAAGAUGCCACUCAUGUCAGAAGUGGAAAGCGAUCAUGACGAAUAUGGAGACCAGAAAAUCGAUCAUUGUGGCAAUCUGUUGGAGGGACGACAAUACCGUGUUCCGACCUUUACGUUGCCGGACCGAGAUGGCAUGCGAUUCAUGUUUUCCAAAGACCCUGCCGCAUUAUUGGGUUUUCGUGACAGUUUCGUGUUUCUAAAAAAGAAUCCCAAGUUGGUCAAGGUGUAUGUAACCGACAGUGACAAAGGAUUCCUGGUGGAGAAUGGAUUAUUACGAUCUACGUUUCGUACCCGUGAAGUAUCGGUGGUGACAGCUCGUUCCGUCUUUAAACAGUUUGGUCAUCGUGUUGUGAAAAAAGGACGACGUGGUCGCGAUGAUUACUAUUACACGGGUGAAGUAACAGAAGAUGACGCGCUCGAUGCGCAAGAUCCAUCCGAAGACGAGUCCAAGGAACAACACGAGAAGACGACGUGGUCGCCUUUUAUCAUUAGCGGAAGAAACAAUAUCACCAGUCGACGGACGACAAGACUCGCGGAUCCGGUCACUGAUAUGAAUUUCAUGUACCACGUCGCGCUGAAUCUACGCGAUUUUAAUGCGCAUCUCAAUGAUUACCGGCGGGACAAUUCAACCUUUUAUGAUAUCCACACCAACGUUUAUCAAAUACCCGCCUCCAAACAGCCACUUAAAACUCUCUAUGUCCCGGACGAUAAAAAGAAAAAGCCACCCGUUUCCAAAGCAGAAGACAAACCAUCCGCCUCUCUAGAGACAGCUCAACAAGCCACGACAGCCGUCUCGGCUCCAAAUGAUCAAGACACCGUUAAUCAUCCAUCGGACAAAGGAAUCGCCGCGUCCAACUCGAUACCGCCCAAGCCAAUGACUGCUACAACGGAUGCUACGGUUGCAACCACAGGGUUUGUUCCUGGUAAUGCACCUGCUGGAUCCACCACUGCUGGCAUGGCGAUGCCCCCCACCAACGAUGUAAGGAAAAUGAUGGCGGACAACCCAGCAGCAGCACAACAAAUGUACUAUCAAAUGGCCAUGGGCGGCGGACGCCCGACAGGAUACAUGCCUUCACCAAUGGCGCAGCAGUUUCCACAAAACCAAGCCGGUUCCAAAUCAUAUCCAUACAUACCACCUCAACAAUAAAAAACAAAACAAAAAAGCUCAAUUUCAUAACGAUACGAGAUCAUGUCCCUGCGCGCAAAUUGAGUUAUCAAAAAACGGAGUUGGAACCUUUUUGGAUUGGCACCGUUCACGUGUAUUGCUUUGUGUACCCACACUCAACUCAUCAAGAUGCGAGUUUUCGAAGCAGCAUUCUAAAAAAGUGGGGUGAUGUGUCAUAGGUGUAUGUUUAUGUGAGUGAAUUAAAAAAAAAAAGAGAAGAUGGUUUCAGGCUGCAGCUGUCAAUAAGCGAAAGGAGAAAAAUAGAGUUUGUGAAUUUGAUGGAAUCCAGAUAAGGCAGUCGCUGAUAGUUGUACGAUUGACCAAUGGAUAGAAAGCAAUUAUUGGUUUUUAUUUUUUAUUUUUUCAAUUCCGGUUCA